AUGGCUCAACAACUACCAUGUGAUGGAGAAGGAGUUUGUAUGAGUUGCAAGACAAAAGUAGUAUCGGGGACUGAAACCAUAUGCUGUAAAACCUGUGGCAGUUCAUGGCAUGCAAGUUGCCUUUCCAAACCCAUAGAAUCACUAGUAUUAACUCUCGAAUGGGUUUGCCCAGAUUGUUGUUGUCUAAAUGACGACAAUAAUGAUGGUGCUGUUGUUUCGAAUGAUAUUCUAUUAUCAUCAUCUAUCGGAGAGUCUUCUUCGCAUAAUAAGAACGAUCUCAUAAGGUUAAUGCGUGCCAUCGAAGCAGAUUCAACGCUGAACGAUCAACAGAAAGCGAAGAAACGACAAGAACUUAUGACCGGGAAAACUUCCGACGAUGAUGACAAGAAAAAGAAGAAAACAACCGGCGGAAAUGAUGUGAUGGAUAUUCUCGGGGACAACCUUAUCUGUCUAGUCUGCCGGGAGUUACCCGAAAGACCUGUUACUACUCCGUGUGGUCAUAAUUUUUGUUUAAAAUGCUUUGAAAAGUGGGCACAAGGAAAUAAAAUUUGUCCCAAUCGUUGCCGUCCACUACCUCAGAGUAUGAUAAAUAACCCGAGGAUUAACUCGGCUCUUGUCGUUGCAAUACGUACGACAAAGGUAGCUCAAAAAAAGGGUUUAAGAAAAAAUGCCGAGACAGUCUAUGAAUCUGUUAAUAAUCAAAAUAAACCAGACAAAGCGUAUAUAACGGAGCGAGCGAAAAGAUCCGGUAAGGCCAAUGCGUGCAGUGGAAAGAUCUUUGUCACGGUCCCAAAUGACCAUUUUGGACCUAUACUGGCUGAAAACGACCCUGAGAGGAAUCAGGGAGUCCUAGUAGGAGAAUCCUGGGGGGAUAGAUUUGAAUGCAGGCAAUGGGGAGCUCAUUUUCCUCAUGUUGCUGGUAUUGCUGGACAGUCCAAGCAUGGUUCGCAAUCCAUUGUUUUAUCUGGAGGAUAUGCAGAUGAUGAAGACCAUGGAGAGUGGUUCCUCUACACAGGAAGUGGGGGCAGGAACCUCAGUGGUAACAAACGCACAAACACGGACCAAUCUUUUGAUCAAGAGUUUAAGAAAUUAAAUGAAGCCUUGCGUGUGAGUUGCAGAAAAGGAUAUCCAGUUCGGGUUGUCAGAUCACAUAAGGAGAAACGCUCCCCAUAUGCUCCCGAAACUGGGUUGAGAUACGAUGGCAUAUAUAGAAUUGAAAAAUGGUGGAGAAAAGUUGGAAUCCAGGGAUUUAAGAUGUGCAGAUAUCUCUUUGUUCGAUGCGACAAUGAACCUGCUCCGUGGACGAGCGAUGAACACGGGGACCGUCCAAGAUCCCUACCUGUUAUUAAAGAGCUAAACGGGGCAACAAAUGUAACAGAUAGAACGGAUAGUCCUUCCUGGGAUUAUGAUGAUGAAGAAAGUUGCUGGAAAUGGAAGAAGCCUCCACCUUCCAGUAAAACACCUGUGCAGACAGGUAAUCCCGGAAAAGAAGGGAAAGGGGCACGAAAUGCGUCCCUGAGAGAUAAGGUUCUUAAAGAAUUCAAGUGUCAACUUUGUCGGCAAGUGAUGUCUGAUCCCUUAACAACUCCCUGUGCUCACAACUAUUGCAAGCAUUGUUUAGAGGCGUUUUUUGUUGGUCAAAGUUCUGUUAGAAAGAGAUCUUAUCAGGGGAGGACACUGCGAGCACAAAAGACAAUAAUGAAGUGCCCGCUGUGUACAACAGACUUAUCUGAGUUCCUUGAAAAUCCUCAGGUAAAUAGGGAGUUAAUGGAAGUCAUUAAAAACCUCCAGCGUGAGACUGAGGAUGAGAAUGACAAGGACUUGAACGGUGAGACGAAUGGCCGGAUAAACUGGAAGACUUCGCCGAAGCUGCUAAAGAUGACAAUUCUGACACGACUGAAGAAACCCCUGAAAUUGAGGGGGGAGCUAAGCAGAUUAACAAGCGCUUGAAGACUGAAGGUUAAUGCUUGGAGAGGAAAACGAGUCGCAUUGGAUAGUAAAGUUCAAACCUACGUACUGAUACAUGGUUUGGAAAAAGAAAAUUGGGAAGUGUACUUCGCCGGAUGUACUCGUUAAAGGAAGAUAAAAUGGAGAUACAAUUCACAUUCCUGACAGAUAGAGAGAAGAUAUACAAAAUAGC